AUGCAACAGGAAUGGGCUGAAAAUAGGUUGGCCGAUUUUAAUCUUUGGUCAGCUGGCGCCGGCGCCUAUACGAUCGGGAAAGCGUCACUGGAUCAUCGACUACGCGCCAACCCGGAAGCGCACAUUAUCAUUAUAAAUCUAUUGCUGAUGCUGAAAAUUCUGAUAGAUAAAUGUAUAGACCGAGAUAGUGAAACCCAUACCACCGUGGAGUGGUCCGACAAUGAAUUAGCAAGGAAAACAGACGUUGAAAACAGUUUGAAUCAACUUACGAGGCUCAUCGUUGCGAUCCGAAAAGCUGGGACCCGAUCUCGACUGCAAAAAGCCGACUCCUCAUUUGAUCCCAACUGUCCCCAGAUUCGCUCACUGCGCCAACACCUUGAACUCCUUCUCCUGGUGCAUCCUGACGAACAUGGGAAUUCCGAUUCAAACAAACAGCAGCUUGACCCUGCACGACUGACACUAAUACAAUUACGGCUGAUCGACGCGAAUUUACGGCGGCGUAAUCGCUUCUUAUAUGCCCAGAAACAUGCUCAGAAAUUAGGAAUUCCUUCCGGACACCCAAAAAACACGCAAAGUGAGGAACCAACGUUGGUAAACCAACAGCCAAAUCCAGAUGUCGCCCAGACGCGAACAUACUCUCGGGCACAGAAGAUAGUUGCGAAGAAUGACCCGCAAACUCGAAGUACCACAACUGCCACGGUGGUGGAAGAGCCGAUUGUCCUUCCAUCCUUGCAGCAGCAUAGCAAGGGGAUUAGGCCACAGCAGAUACCCAUGCUACUUUCGGCAUGGCGGCGUAAAGUCCCUGUCAACAUUACCGCGUGUCCACUCUGCGCUUUUCAGACUGAUGAUCAAAACGUUCUGAUCGACCACACAGCUGAACAUGUUCACUCAUUUUCGCUGGGGUCCUUGCCGUGGGCUCCGACCGAACGCUUGGGGGAAGAACAGGAAGAGGAAGACUACGGUGACUAUUUCCAAAAACAUCCGUAUUUUGACGUUGAUGGAUCCCUGUCGGACGCCACAUCGGGUUCAUCGGGAGUGUCAUCCCUGACUACGGAUUCAGGAAGCAUUGCCGGGUCAGAUCUCGGGGAAUGGGCCGAUUCAACACACGGCCAGCUGCAUCAGUUAACGGAGAAUGCUCUUGAUCAAGUAGCAAAUGGUAGUUCAGAGCAGUUGGGUAUGAAACAUUGGUUGGCCAUGGUCAGUGAAGAGGCAGAAAACCCGACUCUGUCACCAGUGAUAAAAGACCACAGCUCUACCAGUCAUAUUGUGGGGAGUCGAGGCUCGCUGUACGAGUCUGACCAACUGGACCGUGCCGAACGCUGCCACUUGAAAUCUACCGACAUCAAGCGCCCUGACUACCGCCAUUGA